AUGGCUACCUGGAAAGAGCGGCACUACCUUUGCGCCGAGAAAUACAUCCCAUGGCCUGGAUUUUCCCCCCGGCCCUACCACAAACUAGCUACUCAGAAGCCUCCGUGCACAGAUUCCAAGAUCAAAGUUCUCCAGAAGAUGCGUUGCCCGCUGGAGGAAGCUGUCCUUUGGCACAUCUGGGGCUACCACACCUGGUUGGAUGUCGGGAGGCUGCCCCCCGUCUACCGGCCCAGGAUGGACCAGCCUUUCGACAGCAACACGUGGCGAUGGAUCACUGCUCCCAGGAAGCCCACCUUGGCUGAGCCACCAGUCCCACCUCCUUCCCUCUUGGAUGGGAACACCUACGCCAAGUUCAUUGAAGGAGAAGCCCUGUUUGUGGACCUCGGGCACAAGAAACGUGUCCUGAGCCUGACAAAGAAAGAAGUGAACAAGUGCGAGCAGCUGAAGUUCAGAAGCGAGUGCCGGGCUCCCCCUUUGGAUGAGCAUGGAAACAUUAUGCCUCCCGACAUGCUCAGGCGGUAUAAACAUUUGCUUCCAGGAAAACCCCCGGCUUCCGUCUGUCUAGUGCUACAGCCUGUGGUCCCGUCUUCUUCAGCAUGUCGGAAUUAUCCCUGUCCGAGCUUUCAACCCCAUUACCAAGACUCCGCCGUGAGGUUUGCGCUGAAGAACAGUGGCCCUGUUUACCAGGAAGUGGUGGAUAAAUACCAGGAACUGGUCCUUUCUGGGAGCACGAUACGGCUUUCCACUCCAUCCAGCCAAAUAAACAGACAGGCCUAA